CGCAGCCGUGCCGCCCCCGCGAGUGAACACUGAGUGAACCAGAGUGACAGUGCGCCAAGCUAACCAUGGGGACCGUGGAGGAGACGUACGAGUCCGAGGUGCGGCGGAAAGUUACCCGCACCAGCUACAAGAUCCAGGAGGACAUGACCGACGAGGAGGUAAGGCGCAAGCUUUUCGCCGCCUAUGUCAGGAAGGCGAGCAUGGCCGGCCUCAACGGAGUCAACGGCGAGAACGGACGCAGAACAUCGUCGACCACCACCACCACUACUAUGACCACUCAGGCUGCCAAAUUAUAUGGCAAGGACCUGUCUGUCUACGAUGAUUUGGAUGUAGACACAUUGCUCUCGCAACUCAGCCCAGAAGAAAUAUCUCUUCUGGCCAAGGAAGUCGAUCCAGAUGACAACCUCCUUCCACCAUCUCAGAGGUGCAGCUAUGAGUGUGAGAAAGAACCCACUGGUCCUCUCGACCGAAAGAAACUCAUUGAGCACAUUAAUAAGCAAGCCUUGGAAACACCUGACCGGCCCGAGGCGAAGCCGUUUGUCGCUGGUGUUAUUCGUGGAAAGAAGUGGGAACCACCAGAACAGUCUGAAAAAGAACGUGAAGCAGAUGAGCAAAUCGCUAUUGAUAUGGGAGAUGAAUAUGAGCACGCUCUAAAUGAUGCUACCCAAGAGGAAAUCAUUGACUUGGCAGCUAUUUUGGGCUUCCACUCCAUGAUGAAUCAAGAUCAAUACCAUGCCUCACUCCUGAACAAGGGUCAACCCAUUGGUCUUGGUUGGGAUGGUGUCACAAAGGCAACACAGCCAAAAGCAUACCCUGCAGAGCCACCAAACUUGACAGACAUUGACAAAACCAUUCGACAAGUUCAGGAAGAUGACCACACCCUUACAGACCUUAACUGGAACAAUAUAAAGAAUAUUUCUGAUGAGAAGUUUGAAAGCCUGUUCGAAGCCCUGCCUGAAAACACUCAUUUGGAAGUUUUGAAUCUAACGAACGUAGGUUUGACUGACCGAGUCGCUCUGAAGCUUGCUGAGGCUUUGGAGAGAAAUCAGACUCUUCGAGUUCUGAACAUGGAAACUAACUUUGUCAGCCCUCCAGUAAUUGUUAAGAUAGUGAAGGCACUGCUCAAAUCACGCACCAUUGAGGAACUCCGGGCUGCUAAUCAGCGGUCACAAGUUUUGGGAAACAAGAUUGAAAUGGAAAUUACCCAACUUGUUGAAGCUAACCCAUCACUUCUUCGGCUUGGACUACAUCUCGAGUACAACGAUGCUCGUCACCGUGUUGCAUCCCAUCUCCAGCGUAACAUAGAUAGGAUACGUCAAUCUCGUGUGGGAGUGUCCAGCUCAUAGCAAGAUGAACGGAAAUUUAGCUGGACGCUGUCGCCGCAUGGGCCACUUCUCUGCAAGCCAGACCGUGGGCUGGAUUAGAGACAACAAGUUUUAGCAUGCUUUGAAUGCAAUCAACAGAAUGGCCUAAUAUUGUGUCAAAGUAGGCAUUCAGCCCCAAACCAAUUCUGAUGCUGGCUUUUUUUAAAUCUUAAAAGCAAAACCAAGGCUAAAAUCUUUCUGAAAGAGGAAAGAUUGUAACCGCACACACUUCUAUAGCCAGGCUAUCACUUGUAGUGCUGCAUUGAUAAUUUUGUUAAUAUCAAAAAGGAAAAAAAAGAAAAGAAAAAAAGGCCGUUUUAAAUUUAGGUAUUUUGAAGGUGAAAAACUAUUAUUAUGUGAUGUUACCAUCUUGUUUCUGCUUUUCCUUCUUCCUUGUUUUAAUUAUUUCUUGAUGGCCAGUUUUAUUUUAUGUGUUGUCUACGCAUGGUUUGACGGCACUGUAGAGAGAGAGCUUGUCUUAAUAAGUGAAUGUUGUGUGAAAGUGUGUAUGUGAGAAACAGUGAUUCUUUUGUUCCCACCUAUCUUCUUGUCUUUGGUGCCUGGGACGUACUCUGUUCCAUAAUAUUGUAGUAGUUAAUGCUGAAUGCUCAGAUUCUGUAUGCCCUUUUAUAGUUUAUCUUUUGACUGAGUCGAAUGUUUUAAUCACAAAGCUGACUGUAUUUCUUUGCUCCCAUUCAAAGAAGUAAUUUUCCUGUGUUAUUCCUCAUGUUUGGUGUAGGAAACAUUCAAGAAGUUUUUCAUUCAUUCAAUACAAUUUCUAUGUCAUCUUUGUUGCUUUGGCUUUGUAAAUACACUCUUUCUAUAGCUACAUGUUCUUGUCAGUGCCAUGAGUGUCACUGAUGUGUGUAAACAUCUCAGGGCUCAUUGCCAAGUUUUCUUUUCAUUUUAUUGGACUUAUGUAAGUACUUUGUAAGGAUAAGUGGCCAUUCUGAGUAGUAUUAUCCAACACUUUGUUUGAAUGGAAGACUUUAGAGAGUAACACCAUUUUACAAAGGCUUUGAUGAGGUUGAAAUUUAUACUGAGUUGUUCAGUGUUUUAACAUUUUUUUAUUGUGAUAAAUCAGAGUCAAAUU